UCAAAAAUUUUUUUUUUUGGUUCCUGAUAAAAGAUAAAGGGCUCGAGGAAGUUGUAUUUCCACUCACUGCAAAAUGGUAACCCAAACGAUUUGGAAACCCUCGCAUUUACUGAGUUCUCAGUUCCGACCUCACCUGUAAGUUUGCUCCUGUACUUCAUCCAUGGUGUUCGCUUCUGCAAAUUCAAACCACUGUUGCCUUGUUAGGGGAUCAUCUUGUUUAAUAAACUCUUGCGUCUCUUUGUCUUUCGGCAGAACUUCUUCUUGUGCCGGCAGAAUCCAAGGCCCUAAUUUGCUUUGUGAACCGCUCAAGCUACAGCAAUUCUUCCUUACAGCAGUCAUUAGUGAUACCAGUGCAGUACUGGAUGGUUGUACCAGGGACUCGCUAUCAGUCUGUGAUCCAUCUGAUCAUGCAGAUACUCGUGAAAACUGUACAAAAUUAUCUGGUGAAAGUGCAGACAGAAAAGAUGCUCCAGAGUGCUUCGAUGAUGACAUCAUGAACAUGGUUUGUGACAAGCUUAUUGAGGUUUUCAUAGUUGAAAAACCCACUCCAACUGAUUGGAGGAGAUUAAUAGCUUUCAGCAAAGAAUGGAGCAAUAUUUGGCCCCAUUUCUACAGGCGUUGUCAAGAGCGAGCAGAUGAUGAAAGUGAUCUUGCCAUGAAGCACAAGCUACUUUGGCUGAGAAGAAAGCUGAAAGAGGUCAAAGACAUAUUGUACCGCUUGUGCAUGACUACUCGAGGCAAUCUUCAGAGGCUUAUGCUACAAGAGAUUAGGAUACUUAAGUAUCUUCUCACAAUUAAGGAUCCUAAGGAGCAGCUAUUCUUCUUAAAAGAAGCUAAAUCUCAUUCUUACUCAGGCAAAGAUUCAAUAUUUUCAACCCAAUCAUGGAUUUUUCCUUGCUCUUCCAAUUCUAGGGAAAACCCCAAUGCUGAUUUAUUUGAUUCUCUAUUUAUUGAUCCUGCCGUGCUUGGUUAUUGGCUUCAGUUGUGCCAUACUGUGAAAGAAGUUAGAACAGUACAUGGGAUCGUUGCAAAAUAUUUAAAGAGUUCUGUAACAUUUGUAGAUAAUAAUUUGAUAACAGCUUAUGCAAGAUUUGGGAAGUUAUUGGAGGCUCGCAAGGUGUUUGACAGAAUGCUGGAGAGAAACGUUGUCUCAUGGACUGCUAUUCUUAGUGGAUAUUUGAGAAAUGGCUUAGAUGAUGAAGUUCUUUUCUUAUUUAGUGAGUUGAUUAAAAAUGGAGUUAAAGCCAACAGUAAGACUUAUGUUUGUAUAUUGAAUUUAUGCCGCAGGAGAUCAGAUUUUGAGCUUGGGACACAAAUUCAUGCUUGCAUUUUAAAAGGGAAUUGGAACAAUUUGAUUGUAGACAGUGCCAUCGUUUACUACUAUGCACAGUGCGGUGAUUUAUCAGGUGCUUUUCGAGCAUUUGAUCGGAUGCUAGAACGGGAUGUAGUUUGUUGGACGGCUAUGAUCACUGCUUGUGCACAACAAGGACGUGCUAAGGAGGCCUUUAAGUUGUUCUCAAAGAUGCAAGAUGGUGGUCUAAUCCCAAAUGAGUUUACGGUAUGUGCUGUUCUAAAGGCUUGUGGGGAGGUGAGGGAAUUAAAAUUUGGUAGACAAUUGCAUGGAACUAUAGUAAAGAACAUGUUUAAGGAUGAUGUUUAUAUAGGGACUUCACUAAUGGGUAUGUAUGCAAAAUGUGGGGAAAUUUUAGAUUCCAGAAGAGUGUUUGAUAAAAUGAGAAAGAGAAACACAGUCACGUGGACUUCAAUGAUUUCCGGCUAUGCACUUAAUGGGUAUGGCAAGGAAGCCAUAAGCCUCUUCUGCCUAAUGAAACGGCGCCAUAUAAUUGCUAAUAAUUUGACUGUUAUCAGUAUUCUUAGAGCAUGUGGCUCAAUUAGUUCCUUAUCCACAGGAAAAGAAGUUCAUGCACAGGUCUUGAGGAAUUCCAUGCAUGGGAAUAUCUACAUAGGGAGCACCCUUGUAUGGUUUUACUGCCGAUGUGGGGAGUACUUUUAUGCUUCAAAAGUUCUUCAAUCCAUGACUGUAAGAGAUGUUGUCUCAUGGACUGCAAUAAUAUCCGGAUGUGCCCGUCUUGGACAUGGCUUAGAGGCUCUGGAGUUCUUUAAAAAUAUGUUAUGGGAAGGUGUGGAGCCGAACCCUUUUACUUAUUCAUCAGCUUUGAAAGCAUGUGCAAGACUAGAAGCUAUUCUGCAGGGGAAAUGGAUUCAUUCCUCUGUUAACAAGACCCACGCUUUGUCCAAUGUUUUCGUGGGUAGUGCUCUAAUUGACAUGUAUUCAAAAUGCAGGUCUAUUUCAGAGGCUACCAAAGUUUUUUAUAACAUGCCUGAUAGGAAUUUGGUUUCCUGGAGGGCAAUGAUUCUUGGGUACGCAAGGAAUGGUCUCGGUGUGGAGGCUUUAAAGCUUAUGCAUAGGAUGCAAGCAGAAGGUCUUUUGGUGGAUGAUUACGUCAUAGCAAUAGUUCUUAGUGCAUGUGGAGAUGUUAAAUGGAAUAAAGAGGGCCUAUCUCAGUGUUGCUUGCAGUCAAAUUUAUCUUAUUCCUUACCUGAAGAUAAGUUGUAGUUCCUAUGUCUGUAAAUGAAAUGAGUGCAACUAACUGUGCUGGAGUUAUUUCGAUUAAGUGGAGCUAUGGAGAAGAAAAUUAACAUAGAAGAGCAAUAAGCGACACUGAAAAUUCUUGGAACCCUACUAAUAGUGAAUAUAUAUCAGACCCUUAUACCGAGUAUAAGUGUGAUGCACUUGGAAGUGGUUUUGAAGAACAGCAUAGCAGGUCGGUUGUGAGUUUACUUCUCAUUUCUUGAAACUUUAUGGGAUCAACUGGCAAUGUCCAUGACGAAUAUAUGUGGGCUGCCAAUAUUAUUGUUUUCACAAAUUUUUUAUAUUGAAGCAUCACGUUGUAGGUUAUCAGUGUGGUCAAUAUCAAAGUGUGAAAUUCAAAAGAGGCCGCUCCUCGAGGAAAUGAAAAAUCGCUAGAAGGUUCUCUUCCAUUUAGUUGGUUGAUGCCUGGUAACGUGGACAAGAGAAUGGCCAUCAUAGCAACCUGAAUAUUUGGGUUAGGUAGCUUAUGGUAUGAGGUGAUUUGAUGAACUUCAUGGGAGAAUCUAAUCUGCGUUCCAUUGUGAUCAAAUGCAGAUCUUUUGUCAAAGAGAGGGUGGCAUAUACAGGUACUUUAUGUUGGGGUACGUGGGUAGCUCUUCUCUAACUAUAUAUCUAUAUUACUGCAAUUUAUUACAAUCCAUGAUAGUUCCUGAAAUGUAUCCAACUGUUCCUGUUACAGGUUUCCAAUGAAGGCUAUUGCAUGAAACAGAAACUAGCUUGGAGCUUUCUGGAUGUUCUGAUUUUUUUGUAGGCACUUCCUUUUUUUCUGUCAUAUAUUUAUUCCGUAUACAUUAUAGACUAAAGUAAUGACCUGUAAGUUCGUAAUUUUGUUUUUGCUUGUUUCUGUUUAUUUAUUUUGUUGGAGGUGGGGGUGUACCAUAUAAAAGAACACAUGCUUAUUCCUAUGCCGAUAAAAGGCCCAACACAUACUUUUCCUAACACCAAUAAAAAUCACCUAAAUAGGCUUAUUUGAUUGGAAAUAAGCUUUGGGUCAGGUAAUGUUGUGUUGGGCCUUUGAUCCAAUGUGUUUUCAUUGUAAUGGGCUACUCUAAUGGGCUUAUAAUAUGGGUAGAGGCUGGAUUAGUUAGUUAAUUGUCUUCAUUUUUUUUUUUUUUUUUAAUUUAAGUUAAAGACCUUUACCUAGUGUAGAGGGUUUUCUUUAAGUGUCUUUUUACAUUUUAAGUUUCCUAUUGGCUAUGUCAGUGUGGUUAGACAGGCUUCUUAGCUAGGGAUCUUCUUUUUAAUAAACAGCUUGUAGCCUAUUUUGGCACCCAAAGAUUUAUACUAUGAAGAAUGGCUAUUGCUUUGUUGCUGCUGUGAGACUCAGUUAAGAGUCAGAAUGGGAUUGGAGAGAUUCUGAUCUAGGCUUGUUGGUGGGAAAUCAAAGGUCAUAUUCCUUCUCUAUAUUCUGUUUUCUUCCAUCGAGUGUAAUCAUCCAUUGUUAUUGGUGAUUCCUGAGAUUGAUUUAAUUUGGGUUGAUCAUCAAUUUUUGUUACUUGUUUUGGUUUCAAAACAAGUAGAAGUCUACCUGUUUUGGUUUUCUCGGUAAUUGCAUCUGUUUGGCUAGUUGCAGAGAAUGGUCUGGAUAAGAUUUGCCCAGUGCAUGUGUAGGUUAUCUAAUAUCUACUUGCAUUAUUCUUUUACUUUCCGGACCUGUUUAGGUUCUGUGGAAAUAAGGGGGUGGUGUUUUCUUAUUCCCCUGCAUGCCCAUGACGGUAAACUGACCCAGUAAUAGUAGACCGUCGCCACUGCCUAUGGGCCUAGAUUUUUAGAUUUGAUGCAUUACCAUAAUUUUGUUUCCCUGUUUGUCAUCAUAUUUGAUGUAUAAUUUUCAUUUCUCCCCCCAACCCUUGGCGGCUUCAGAAAUCCAGAGAAGCUGUAUGUAUUCCUGGAUUAGAACAGUAUCGGAUGCACUCCGUUUCAGCAGAGAAGGGUAUCUUAUCAGGAAGAUAAGGGAGCUUUUGAAUCUGUGGAUCGUCCAAAGGAGGGAGGAGCUGAAGAAACUUGUUCAGAACAACUUACAUGUGAGUCGGCCCAUAUUCUUCUCAACCGUCCCGUAUGAAUACUUUCAUCCUGAACUCCUGAGAUUGGAAAACACAAAUUACACAAUACCUGAUUAUGAAGCUGGAACUUUUGAAGCAGAUGUACAUGGUUACAAUAUCAGGUCAAUUUUAAUGUGAGGAUCUUACUAGAGUUUGUGUUGUAUGCCUGUUAGGCCUGUCUUCUAGUUUAGGUGGAGCAUAUAGAUUACCACAUUCGUUUUUCUUUGAAAAUUUAAGAAACUUUGUUCUGUAACUAUCAAUUGACUACAGAUCUGGGCUCAUGUACAGUUAAUCAAUUGAGUUGGUUUAUCUGUAAAGUUACUUGCCUGGUAAA